CCAGGGAGAGCGGAUAUAGUGAAUGCGGGGUCUGGGAGAGCGGAUAUAGUGAAUGCGGGGUCGGGGAGAGCGGAUAUAGUGAAUUCAGGGUCCAGGGAGAGCGGAUAUAGUGAAUGCAGGGUCCAGGGAGAGCGGAUAUAGUGAAUGCGGGGUCUGGGAGAGCGGAUAUAGUGAAUGCGGGGUCCGGGGAGAGCGGAUAUAGUGAAUUCAGGGUCCGGGGAGAGCGGAUAUAGUGAAUGCAGGGUCCGGGGAGAGCGGAUAUAGUGAAUGCAGGGUCUGGGGAGAGUGGAUAUAGGUCCGGGGAGAGCGGAUAUUGUGAAUGUAGGGCC